UCCAAAGAAUAUAAUAAUCACACCGGAAAAAAUGGUGCGCCCUUUUACUCUACUCCAACCCUCUCCGCUUACGGCGGCCGACUUGUAGCAAGUCAACCGCCACGGCGGCGCACUUUUCUUAAAUCCACAAAAAAAAAGAGAUCAAAUGCUUUUCGCCGUGUUUCUCGCCGUCUUCCUGCCAUGCGCCGGCAUGUCCGUAGUGCUGAUUGUGUACUGCUGCAUGCUCUGGUACGCCGCCACCUACCCGGACGACGUCGGCGGCGACUCCGCCGCCGAGGAGGCGGUGAAGGACAACCAGCCGAGCGGCCUCUCCCCGACGCAGCUCCAGAAGCUGCCGAGCGUCACGGGGAAGGAUUUGGUUCUGGGCGAAGAUUGCGCGGUUUGCUUGGACGUCAUUGGGGCCGACGAACUGGCCCGGCUCGUUCCUGGCUGCAACCACGGCUUCCACCUGGAAUGCGCAGAUACGUGGCUCGCUAGGAACCCGGCCUGUCCGGUUUGCAGAAACUGGCUCGGACCGGAUCUAUUUGACCCGCCUGAAGCUAAUCCAUGAUGAACUAUGACCUUGUUUGGAUGUUGGCUGUCAGCUGUUGGCAGUUUGUGCCAGCUGUAGUGAAUGGUUGUUUAGUUUAGCUAAUUUGAUUGGUA